AUGACCGCUCAUAUCACACUGGUCCAAUAUGACGUGCAGGCAAGCUGCUGGACAGCCGCCGAGAGCGAUAUCUCGAAAUUUUGUAGCGCCGAAGAAUCGGCCAAAAAUGCCGAAGCAGUGGAAGCACCGUUGACGCGACUUCGCGUAGCAUUUUUGCCAAAGGAUCUACAGCUCGCCCAGACGACGCUCUUAUGCUCCGCUUUCGGGAUACCAGAUCACUUCUUCGAGCCUUUGGCGAGAGAGGCUACUGGAUUCUUCGGUGCGAGCGAGCUAUCCGAUGGAGAUGCAGACGAAGGCUACCGUACAUGGUUCCGCUUUCUGAUCAAGCGCCCCUGGAUGAAGCCUGCCCACACAGCCGGAUGUUCUCAUGCAUUUCCUGCUGCCAAGAGCAUUUACCGGUGGGAUGAUCUGGCAUUCUUCACUCAAUGGUAUUCGAGCACAAGCACGACCGUACUUUGCUUUGGCUUGCCGGAUGAGCUAUGCGAGGAAGUACGACAAUCGUUGCUGAAAAGCAAGCAGCUUGAGAUUGCAUCCACACCGUACGAUGCGCAUACCUUCAUCCUUCCGUUUAUCGUGCGUGCCUUUGACAGUUCCGUCUGGCUGUGGCGUGAUUGGGUUCGCGAGUCGGAAUUGGAAAGGCAAGAAAAUGCCAACUCGCGAGAAGCGUUUCUCUACAUGCACGAGCUCGCUCGUCAUAUUAUCCACUCAACCGAGGUGCUUACCUCUGCAAUAAAUGUGAUCCGGUCAAUCAUCGAAGAACAGCACGAUCGUCCUCCCAUGAGUCAGCCUUCAACGCUUGUGAACGUCCACGCCUGCCGCAUGCUACAUCACCAGAGAUCACUGCUUGAAUGUUUGCUUCAGCGCUCCAAGGCCCUUGAGCGGCGCUUACAGAACGAAAUCAGCUUGGCUUCAAAUCUCAACGCCCAGAAUGACAGCAAGAUCGCCACUCAGAUUGCGGAGCUGUCACGAACGGACGGCCGUGUCAUGAAGACAAUCAGCAUCCUCGGUCUGGUAUUCUUACCGGGAACAUUUGUCAGUGCCAUCUUCAGCAUGAGUUUUUUCAACUUUCAGCCUGCGACUGCAGAUACCGCAGCGGCGUGGCGAGUUUCGGAGAUGUUCUGGGUGUACUGGGUCGUGACAAUUCCGAUCACGGUGGCGACAAUCGCGACUUGGCAUUACUGGCAGCGAAAGCAGCAGAAGGCACCGCGAUAG